AUGGCUACCAAUGAAGACCCUCAAUACAUGGGGAUAAUAAACUUGCUUAAGCAUUUUGGAUGUACUUGGGUCGGGUUCUUUGUGGUGGAUGAUGAGAGUGGAGAACACUUUGUGGAGACACUGGAGCCCUUGCUUUCCCGGAAUGGAAUAUGUCCAGCUUUUACCAGACAAAUACCAAGCCAAGAUCAUUUUCUUGACUCAAAAGUACAUACUAUAUUUCAGAUUUUUAAAUCAUCUGAAAUCAGAAUAAUAAUCCUGUACAGUAAAAGUUUUACCAUUAUGACAGCAUGGUAUCAUAUUACUCUAAGAGUUCUUGAAGAGAAGACCAAUGCCCCAGUUGGAAAGAUGUGGAUUACAGCUGCGCAGUCUGACUUUGUCUUAGCAAGCAUUAACCAGGAUGGCAAUUUGCAAAUGUUCCAAGGUGCCCUUUCAUUCAUGAUUCACUCCAGUGAGGUUCCUGGGUUCCAGGAAUUUCUUCAAACCAUCAAACCUGAUUGGAAAGAAGCAGAUGAUUUUCUCAAGGAGUUCUGGCAGGAAGCAUUUCACUGUUUAGUCCCAGAUGUCAGGAUGCCAUACAUGAUGUCUGGAACAUGUACAGGAGAAGAGAGAUUGGAGAGUCUAAUUGGUCCUUUUUUUGAAAUGCGUAUGAGUGGCUACAGCUAUAGUAUUUAUAAUGCUAUCUAUGCUGUUGCACAUGCUUUACAUGCUUUGUAUCUAUCUAGGUCCUAUCACAGAAGCAUGGCUGCUAUUAAAAGAGGAGAUCUUCAGGAUUUGCAGCCAUGGCAGCUCCACCCUUUUCUUCAAGCUAUAUCAUUUAACAAUUCUGCUGAAGAACGAGUGUCUUUUAAUGCUAACAGAGAAGUAAGAGCUGGUUUUGAUGUCAUGAACAUGGUGACAUUUCCAAACAAUUCUUUUGUUAAAAUGAAAGUGGGAUGGGUAGAUCCAAAUGCUCCUGACGGAAAGGAACUUACCAUUCAUGAGGACAUGAUUACUUGGCAUAGCAGCUUUAAGCAGGUCCGACCCCUUUCAGUCUGCAGUGACCCCUGCCCUCUUGGUUAUCAGAAGAGAAAGAAGGAAGGAGAGAAAUUCUGCUGCUUUGAUUGUGUUCCAUGUCCAGAAGGGAAGAUUUCCAACCAAACUGACAUGGCUGACUGUUUCCAAUGCCCAGAUGAUCAAUAUCCAAGCACAGACCAAGAUCAAUGCAUCCCUAAACUUAUAGUGUUUCUGUCCUUCAAAAGUCCUUUAGGAAAAGCUUUCGCUUCGAGUGCUGCUUCCUUUUCCAUGAUCACAGUUUUGGUGUUGGGUGUGUUUAUUAAACACAAAGAUACUCCUAUUGUCAAAGCCAAUAACAGGGAGCUCAGCUACACUCUCCUUCUCUCUUUGAUAUUCUGCUUCUUGUCUUCCUUGUUGUUCCUCGGCCGUCCUGGGAAACUCACCUGCCUUCUCCAACAACCCAUUUCUGGCACCACCUUCUCUUUGGCUGUAUCUUGUGUCUUAGCUAAAACCAUCACAGUUGUGUUAGCAUUCAUGGCCACAGGGCCAGGAUCCAGCAUGAGAAAAUGGGUGGCCAUCACCAUUAUGUUAUCUUGUUCUCUCAUUCAAGUUGGGAUUUGUACUGUCUGGCUUGGGACAUUUCCACCAUUCCCAGAUUUAGACAUGAACUCAGUACCUGGACAAAUUGUUGCACAAUGUAAUAAAGGCUUUCCCAUCAUGUUUUACCUUAUCCAGGCUUAUAUAACACUUCUCUCCACUAUCAGUUUCAUUGUGGCUUUCCUAGCCAGGAAAUUGCCAGACACCUUUAAUGAAGCCAAAUUGAUCACCUUCAGCAUGUUGAUAUUUUGCAGUGUUUGGUUGUCCUUUGUUCCCACCUACCUGAGCACCAAGGGGACAGAUAUUGUAGCUGUGGAGAUCUUCUCUAUCUUAGCCUCCAGUGCUGGGUUGCUCUGUUUUAUCUUUCCCUGGAAAUGUUACAUUAUUCUUUUGAAGCCUGAGCUGAACAGCAGAGAGCAGCUAAGUAGGAGAAAGGUGUAG